CGUGCUUUGCGGCGGGGCCGGCCCGUCUUGCCCAGAGUCGCCCUGCAGCGAUCGCGCGUCUUUCCACCGAGGCCCCGGAUGUAGAGUCCCUCCCACCCGUUCAGUGGUCAUGGCCUCACAGCGACGCUAAGACUUGGGGCUCUCUCAUUGGCUGUAACUCUUCUACUGGAUUGGAAGCAAAAAAAGAGGCGGUGCACAAGGCGAACGGUGCCUGUGACUACAGCCAAUCAAAAGCGAGGCCGGGCUUUGGCGGGAGGUGGGAACACUGUGGCCAUUCGAAUUUGGCGCGAGCGCGGUUGUGUUUUGCUGCUGCCGGUGUGCAGUUUGUUCAGGGGCUUGUGGUGGUGAGUCCCUGAGCCUGCGUGUGAGAGACGUGAGAAGGAUCCUGCACUGAGGAGGUGGGAAGGGGAGGAUUGCUCGAGGAGGCCUGGGGUUUGUGAGGCAGCGGAGUUGCGUGAAGGCUGCGGGUUCCGGCGAGGCCCGAGCUGUGCUGCCAUCAUGCCUCAAACCCGAUCCCAGGCACAGGCUACAAUCAGUUUUCCAAAAAAGAAGCUGUCUCGGGCAUUGAACAAAACUAAAAACUCAAGUGAUGCCAAACUAGAACCGACAAAUGUUCAAGCUGUAACCUGUUCUCCUCGUGUAAAAGCCCUGCCUCUCAGCCCCAGGAAACGUCUGGGUGAUGACAACCUAUGCAACACUCCCCAUUUACCUCCUUGUUCUCCACCAAAGCAAGGCAAGAAAGAGAAUGGUCCCCCUCACUCACGUACACUUAAAGGACGAAGAUUGGUAUUUGACAAUCAGCUGACAAUUAAGUCUCCUAGCAAAAGAGAACAAGCCAAAGUUGACCAAAACAAAAUACUUUCUUCAGUUAGAAAAAGUCAAGAGAUCACAACAAAUUCUGAGCAGAGAUGCAUAUUGGAGAAAGAAUCUGCAUGUGUGAGACUAUUCAAGCAAGAAGGCACUUGCUACCAGCAAGCAAAGCUGGUCCUGAACACAGCUGUCCCAGAUCGGCUGCCUGCCAGGGAAAGGGAGAUGGAUGUCAUCAGGAGUUUCCUGAGGGAACACAUCUGUGGGAAAAAAGCUGGAAGCCUUUACCUUUCUGGUGCUCCUGGAACUGGAAAAACUGCCUGCUUAAGCCGGAUUCUGCAAGACCUCAAGAAGGAACUGAAAGGCUUUAAAACUAUCAUGCUGAAUUGCAUGUCCUUGAGGAGUGCCCAGGCUGUAUUCCCAGCUAUUGCUCAGGAGAUUUGUCAGGAAGAGGUAUCCAAGCCAGCUGGGAAGGACAUGAUGAGGAAAUUAGAAAAACAUAUGACUGCAGAGAAGGGCCCCAUGAUUGUGUUGGUAUUGGAUGAGAUGGAUCAACUGGACAGCAAAGGCCAGGAUGUAUUGUACACACUAUUUGAAUGGCCAUGGCUGAGCAAUUCUCGCUUGGUGCUGAUUGGUAUUGCUAAUACCCUGGAUCUCACAGAUAGAAUUCUGCCUAGGCUUCAAGCUAGAGAAAAAUGUAAGCCACAGCUGUUGAACUUUCCACCUUAUACCAGAAAUCAGAUAGUCGCUAUUUUGCAAGAUCGACUUACUCAGGUAUCUAGAGAUCAGGUUCUGGACAAUGCUGCAAUUCAAUUCUGUGCCCGCAAAGUCUCUGCUGUUUCAGGAGAUGUUCGCAAAGCACUAGAUGUUUGCAGGAGAGCUAUUGAAAUUGUAGAGUCAGAUGUCAAAAGCCAGACUGUUCUCAAACCACUGUCUGAAUGUAAAUCACCAUCUGAGCCUCUGAUUCCCAAGAGGGUUGGUCUUAUUCACAUAUCCCAAGUCAUGUCAGAAGUUGAUGGUAAUAGGAUGACCUUGAGCCAAGGAGCACAAGAUUCCUUCCCUCUUCAGCAGAAGAUCUUGGUCUGCUCUUUGAUGCUCUUGAUCAGGCAGUUGAAAAUCAAAGAGGUCACUCUGGGGAAGUUAUAUGAAGCCUACAGUAAAGUCUGUCGCAAACAGCAGGUGGCAGCUGUGGACCAGUCAGAGUGUUUGUCACUUUCAGGGCUCUUGGAAGCCAGGGGCAUUUUAGGAUUAAAGAGAAACAAGGAAACCCGUUUGACAAAGGUGUUUUUCAAGAUUGAAGAGAAGGAAAUAGAGCAUGCUCUGAAAGAUAAAACUUUAAUUGGAAAUAUCUUAGCUACUGGAUUGCCUUAAAUUCUUCUCCUACACCCCACCUGAAAGUAUUCAGCUGGCAUUUAGAGAGCUACAGUCUUCAUUUUAGUGCUUUACACAUUCGGGCCUGAAAACAAAUACGACCUUUUUUACUUGAAGCCAAUGAAUUUUAAUCUAUAGAUUCUUUAAUAUUAGCACAGAAUAAUAUCUUUGGGUCUUACUAUUUUUACCCAUAAAAGUGACCAGGUAGACCCUUUUUAAUUACAUUCACUACUUCUACCACUCGUGUAUCUCUAGUCAAUGUGCUUGCAAGUGUACAGAUCUGUGUAGUGGAAUGUGUGUAUAUUUACCUCUUUGUUUGCUCAAACAUGAGUGGGUAGUUUUUUGUUUGUUUUUUGUUUUUUGUUUUUGAGGCCGCAUCUCACACUGUUGCCCAGGCUAGAGUGCAUUGGCGUGUUCUUUGCUCACUGCAGCAUCCGCUUCCCAGGUUGAAGCGAUUCUCUUGCCUCAGCCUCCCGAGUAGCUGGGAUUACAGGUGCCCACCACUGUGCCCAGCUAAUUUUUGUAUUUUUAGUAGAGACAGGGUUUUACCAUGUUGGCCAGGCUGGUCUUGAACUCCUGACCCUCAAGUGAUCCACCCACCUCGGCCUUCCAAAGUGCUGGGAUUACAGGCGUGAGCCACCACGCCCAGCCAUGAGUGUAUUUUGUUAAGAACUUUGAGGUUAGGGUAAGAAGAAUGAAAAUGAUCCAGAAAAAUGCAAGCAAGUCCACAUGGAGAUUUGUAGGACACUGGUUAAAGAAUUUCUUUCUUUUUGGAGUAUACUAUGUUCAUGGUGCAGAUAAUAUGACAUUAUGGCAUUUUAAAGACUCGUUGAGUUUCUUGGGCACUCCCAAGGGCGUUGGGGUCAUAAGGAGACUGUAACUCUACAGAUUGUGAAUAUAUUUAUUUUCAAGUUGCAUUCUUUGUAUUUUUAAGCAAUCAGAUUUCAAGAGAGCUCAAGCUUUCAGAA